UUCGCACGCGACCGACCAACAGCCAACAAGUGCCAUCCGACGGCGAUCCGGGACAGAAAUUCCAGUAAUUGUGGGCAAAUUGAUAGCGAUCGAGGGAGAAAUUCAGUGGAAAGAUGUUCGAACGCAGCAGUUUGUUGUUUGUGGCCGUGCUGAUGUCUUCGACUCUGUUCACACAAGCCCAUUUUCCGGAGUAUUGUGCGGAAUGUGAGCAGGAGGUGUGGGAGCAGGUGCCGUGCAGCGAAGUGUCCACCACUAUCUCGCCGCCGAUCACUGACCCCGCCAGCAGCAGCACUACAAGCACACCUCCCACCACCGUGGUGCCCACUACGGUGCCCAUCUUUCCAACCACCACCACCCUGGCACCAGACACCCCCACCACCCAGCCAUCCAGCUACAAGAAGUGCUACUGCGAGUGCAAACUGGGCUGCAAGGAGUUCUGCCGCAAGGUGAUCUCGUCCGGGCCCAAGCAGCCGCUGACCCAAAUCUCCGCCAUCGGAGAGUUUGCACCCGGUGGCCAGGUGGAGUACACGCAUGUGCAUCAGCGCAAGUACUUCCCCAAGUACGGCGGCGAGGGCUACGGACCCGUGGGCGGACCCAAGGUCUAUAAGCCAUAUCCCUUGGUCUACGAACAGGCAGCUGCUGCCUCAUCGUCGUCCAAUCCCGCGGUGGCCAACAUAGCUGCGCCCAAUUACACGCUGGAAGAGUUGGCCCAACUGCUGAGCUCUGCCUACGGCAGUAAGAAGGGCUAUCCGGCCGGUGUGCCAUCUCAGCCACGCCCCCAAAUUCAACUGCAGCCAGCGCCCUACUACUCCCCAGUUCCAGUCUACACGAAGCAGUCGGUACCGCUCGUGAGCAAAGUGGCGCCGGCACCCAGCAUUAGUUAUGCCGCGUCGGCGGUUUCAUCCUCGUCGGGUGGUUCGGUGGCCAAGAUAAAAACUCCCUACGAGGAGAAGAUUGUGGUGGCCACACCGUCUACAAUUUACGACAGAACCACCUCGUAUCCCAUUAUUGAGGAGCCCAAGGCCUAUGCAGCGCCCCAAACGGAGAACUAUCCCGUGGUGCAGAGCCAAACGGAGUUGCCCGUCUAUCCGAGUCCCACGGAAUCGUAUCCCAGCCACAAGGAGUCGUACCCCAGCAUCACGGAGGCAUAUCCCAGCCAAACGGAGGCCUAUCAGCCCCGCACGGAGAACUAUCCCGUGCCAGUGCCUCAGCCGGAGGUGAAGCCAUAUGGUGGCCCCGAAUCCGGCCCUGACAAGCCAUCCUCGACCUUUGACCUGGCCAUCGAUAACUACCUGAAGGACUUUGGUUAUGGCAACCAGGGAAGGGGCUAUGUGGACUACUGAGUUCCACUCGUUGUUGUUGUUAGGUUAAGACUUAUUCCUAGGGAUCCUUUUAUUUAUUUAUAUAAAGUAAAGCUGUUGACUUAAUGAU